UUUUCUUUUCCCUUACAAAACCUCCAACAUCGCCAACAAUAAUUAAUAUCUACACGCGAUUUUACUCAACGUCUUUCCUCCUCCACCCUCUAGUCAGUAAUCCCCACGGGGAAGGACCAUAGAUUUUUAACUCAGGCCUAGCUUCCCCCCCUUGGACAAACUUGGGGCUGGCUCCAGUUUUCCGGACUCGACCUUUCUCCACAUCUCGCAUUUCAAAGGCCGACCGCUCAGCUUCGGUUACCCGCCGACUUUUCGGAGACACAAGCGUCCUAAACGUCGUCGCUCCCUUUCACCAAACCUAGAUUGUGCCUUGAUUCAGCGUGUCCGACUUGGAACCUGUAGCGCAGUCGAAAAAACCCUCCACGGAUUCCAUUUUCCGACUCAACGUCAUUCCACAGCAUAAACCCCUGUCUCAGACACGGAAUCCAUCUCCCUUCCUGUUCCCCGCAAGUAACCCGGCCCGAAGCAUAACCAGAAAUUAUGGUAUCGUUUGUGGAGGAUCUUUGGGCUAGCAUCUUUACCCCGGGUCCCACUCCCACCCUGCUCGUCGCUGCCAACGCCACCUUCGCCGCACUCCAACUGGUUCUGUUCCUGCUCCUUCUUGCUACCCACAGCAUCCACUUCGUUGUCCUCUCCGUCCUCUCCGCGUCAUUAUGGUGGUCGAUCAACUGGUUUGCUCAGGAAUUGGCAGCGGUGCAGAAACAAGAGGCUGAGAAGGGAAAGACGCAGUCGAAGGAACUGCUCACGGAGGAAGACAACGAUGACAAGAGGAAGUCGGAAGUCAGUCGGAGGACACCAGGAGCUCUUGACAGCACGGAAAGUGACACCGAGACCGAGAGUUUGAUGGAGCGUAAAAUCUCUGCGGUAUCCGCUGCUGCUCCGCCGUCCACCACCACUACCGCCCCUACUGCGGCUACUCUUCAACCCCCGGAGCAGCAAGGAGGGAUUCGGAAACGGCCCAGCAUGAGCGGAGAGAGCUCCGGGUAUGUGAGCACGGAUAGUGAAUGGGAAAAGGUGGAUGACAAAACCACUGCGUAGGCAUAAGUUCUGUUUGGAUAAAAAUUGCGCGGCCUGUUUUGCACUGCUCGAGUGCCGCUCGCAGGCAUGACACUCUUAAAGAUACUUUCCGUAUCAGAUGAUAUAACUAUAUGUUUGACGUGCAUUUUGGUUUGCGUGUACCGACAGAUACCCCAUAGAUGACGACUCUGCUUAUGCACCGUUGGUAAAUGAGUUUCACUGGUGAUAACUCGCUCAGAGACUUACGUUCGUUAUGCCAGUCCGGAGAGAAUAUAAACAUCACAUUAUCA